UCUUGUUUACAAACGGCACCGAAUCAGCUGUUCAACAUGGCGUCCGCCGGAUUGUUUGUCUCCCGUAAUUUGCGGAAUAUUGCAAGGCUCCCAGGAAACUGCAGAGCUCUCCAGACUUCCAGUGUUUCUAGGGAUUCUUCACCUACUCAUACGGGACAGAAAUUUCCUGAGAACGACAGCCGAAAUGCCCGGUUCGUGAUGACUCCCAGACAGACCAAUCCCAGGUGGUCUAUCAACCUGGUCAAGGAAGUUCCUCCCAAGGCGGUAAACACGCGCGUCGUGGCUUGUGACGGAGGACCUGGAGCCCUUGGCCACCCUAGGGUCUAUAUCAACUUGGACCAGCCAGGAACUCACGACUGCAUCUAUUGUGGACUCCGCUAUUACAAGGAGGAUAGCCAUUAACAUCGUUAUGGGCUUUUAUGGGAAAAGCAGCAUUAUAGAAGCUGCUUUUCCCCUGCUUUCGAAGCAAGAGAACUUUUUUGUUUUACCUUUGUAGGACUGUAAAUAAUUCAGUGUUAAUAAAUUAUACAUUAA